AUGUGGAAAAGGCCAUCAGGCUCCGGAGGCAGACAAGCUUUCUCACUUGUUCAUCGAUACAUUCAGCACUUUAAUGAGGUGUCAGGAAACAAAUCAGCUGCCAUUCGGAGACGAUCCAAAAUUCCCGGCGUGACAAUCACACAAUAUGUGCCACAUUUACCUGAGGGCAAAAUGCACCCUGAUUUCCAAUGUAAAGUGACGCCUGUGAACGUCAAAGAAGGUCAUGUGUUGGUUGUUUUUAAGGCUGUAGUUGUAGGUGAACCCAAACCCAAGGUAACAUGGAGCAGAAUCAAAGGAACUAUAUCAGAUAAAGAGAAAUAUAAAAAUAAAUAUGAUGAAGCCACCGGGGAACACAUACUGGAGAUUUUGAAUGUGUCUGCUGAAGAUGAUGAUACCUACAAAUGUAUAGCUGUAAAUGAGUUUGGUAAAGCUGUGUGCACAACAGCUUUACAUUUGAAAGAAGUCCUGACAAAUCCUUCAGACUUCAGAAAGCUGCUGAGGAAAACAAAAGUGAAUUAUGACGAAAACCAAACAGGAAACUACGAAGCAGAGGAAGACAGAUUCUGGAGCGCCAUGCUUAAAGCCGAUAAAAAAGACUACAGGAGAAUCUGUGAUGAGUUUGGCGUCUCAGAUAUAAAUUUAGUCAUGAGAAAACUGGAGGAAAAGAGAAGAGCACAAAAGGUGAGAGUAAUGUCCUCAGAUGAGGAUGGGCCACAAAGCCCCAGUCCUAGAACUGGAGGUAAAUCUAAUGAGUUCAACAGGAGCAUGGACCAGUUUGGGACAGAACACGCUGAGCCUCACAGUGAGGACAAUGCAUUCCUUUCAACUCAACAUUUAAAGUCCAAUGUGGACUUUGUUGUAAAAAUUCAAGAGGUGAAAGCCCAGGAGAGAGAGGAUGCUCUAUUUGAGUGUGUCCUGACACAGCCCCUGCCCAGAGUCACUUGGAAAGGGAAAAACUGUGUCCUGGAAGAGAGUGACAAGUACAGCAUAAGUGUAUCCGACCAUAAACUCAUCCACAGACUGCUGAUUAAAGACUGCAUGCUUCUGGAUAAAGGAAUCUAUUCAAUCCAGGCUGGCACUGUGUCUUGUAGCACUUUACUAUUUGUGGAAGAUGACCAGGACCCUGCUCCGGGUGGUAUCAUGAAACCUCGGAAAUCCACUGUGGCAAGAGGAACAAGCGCUGACAUUGAAGAACUGGCCAAAGAGCAACAAAUUAAAAAUCAAAAAGAAAUUGAGAGGAUUUUAGCAGUUGCAAAAGCAAAACAACUCAAACAGCAGCGGAAGAGAGAAAAUAAACACACCAAAAAAGCAAAAGAUGGUCGACAGUCAAGUGUUACUAAUGUGGCAGAUGGAUCAGAGGCAGCUACUGGUCAAACACAGCAAACAGACAAGAAAAAAGACAAGAACAAAAGACCCAGAGAAGGCUCCACAAACACAUCAGAUGAGACAGGAGAACAUGAUGGAGUGAGAGAGAACAACAGGAAAAACACGACUCAGGACCAAUGUAUCAAUGGGGAUAUUUAUGAUUCAAGCUCCGAAUAUUCACAGAGCAGUGAAGAAUCUGAAACGGAAUCUGAGUCGGAAUCUGAGUCGGAAUCUGAGUCCAGAUCUGAGUCUGGAUCUGAGUCGGGAUCUAAGUUGAAAUUUGAAGAUGAAUCAAUAGGGACAAAUAAAGUGGACAGUUGUGAAGACGAUGAAAUAUGUGAAGAAGAAGGUGAGGAUGACUUUGAAAACUCUGCUGCUACUGACAAGAACUUAUCAAAGUCAAACAAGAAAAACGCAGUGUUUGAAGAUGGUAAUCCUGAAAAGUAUAAAAAGAAAGUCAAAACAGCCUCUAAAAAAGGUUCAUCAAAGAAGACAAAGAAGAAGAAUCAACAAGGCACACAAGCACCUGGGCCAGAUGGACUAGGUGACAUUGUGGAGGACGGUGAAGAGCCAGACCAGCUCCUCUCCACAACAGAUUCAGAGCAUGGUCAAAAACUACAGGCUUCAGCACAAGGUGUCAUAAGUAAAAAGGAAGGCACAAAAAAGCAAAGAGAGAAAGGAAAUGGCACAUCUACAUCACGUUCAAAGAGAAAACGAAGAGUUCAGCUCAUAGAAGAUGUAGUUAUUGAUCCAGGAGUUCAUUUCAUCUGGGGCCUGUCAGAUGUGAACGCUGUGAUUGGUGCGUCAGCCGAGUUAACGUGCAAACUCAGCAGAGAAGACUGUGAAGGAGCCUGGUUCAGAGACGGCAAAAAGAUAUCCGAUGAUGCUAACUUCAAAACAUGGAAAGAUGGAGUCAUUCACACAUUAGUCAUUACCAAGUGUGAAGAAGAACAUUCUGGGAAAUAUCGAUUUGAGGCAGACGGUCGCAAAACAGAAGCAAUGGUCAAUGUUAAAGAUCCACCCAGGUUUGUGGCAGAGGAUCUAGAAGCUUUCACUAAACCUGUGACAAUUAAAGUGGGACACAGCGCUGUCUUCAAAGUGGCUUUUGUUGGACAUCAUCCAAUAAAGAUUCACUGGUACCGAGAGGAAGAAGAGCUCCAAGAGGACGCCAACCUGAAGAUCGAGAGGGCCUCAAGCCACAGCCGUCUACUUCUGAUCAGGUGCCAAAGGAAAGACACGGGAGAAAUCAAGAUAAAACUGAAGAAUGAAGAUGGUUUCACUGAGUCUUUUUCACAGCUAAUUGUGCUUGAUAAACCCACCUGUCCCCUCGGUCCAGCCGAGGUGAUUGAGAGCUCACCUAUUUGCAUUGAAUUUAAGUGGAGACCUCCAAAAGAUGAUGGUGGUUCACCGGUGACCAAUUACAUACUGGAGCGUCAGCAGGUGGGUCGGAACACGUGGAAGAAGUUGGGUGAAGUGCCAGGGGUGCCCUGUUAUCGUGACACAGAUGUGGAACAUGGGCGAAAAUACUGCUACCGCAUCCGUGCCGUGACUGCAGAGGGCGUCAGCGAGCUCCUGGAGACGGAUGACAUGCAAGCGGGUACCCUAGCCUUCCCAGGGCCUCCUGCACCACCAAAGAUAACAGAUGCUUAUGAUGACUGCAUAAAUCUGGAAUGGGUUGCACCAAAAAAGACGGGUGGCUCACGGAUUGUGGGAUACAUUUUGGAGAAGCGCAAAAAAGGUAGCAAUCUGUGGUCAGUUGUAAACCCAUCUGGUGAACUAAUAAAAGAGAAGAAAUAUUCUGUAAAAGAUGUUGUGUCAGGUUUGGAGUAUGAGUUCAGAGUGGCAGCUGUAAACCUUUCAGGACCUGGAGAAUCCAGCUACUCCUCUGAGUUUGUUUGUGCACGAGAUCCCAAAAUGCCUCCUGGAAGAGUAAUAGGCCUGAAGGUGACAGAAACCUCCUACACACACUUUGCCUUGACAUGGACCAAACCUGAGGAGAGAGAGGGAAUCCGGGAUGAAGCCAAAGGAUAUUUUGUUGAGAUUCGAAAUGCAGAGUCGAGUGAAUGGUCUCGAUGUAACAGCACCCCUAUGAUCACCACUUCAUACAGUGUAAAAGGCCUCCGGUCCAUGAACCUGUACUGGGUCAGAGUGAUAGCUGUCAAUGAUGGAGGAGAGAGUGCCCCUGAAGAGCUGCCCAACUUUGUGAUGUCUAUGCCUCUGCCAGUGAGACCAAAAUUUACAAAUCAGAAAAUGAAGAGUUUCAUAGUGGUGAGAGCAGGAAAUUCAGUCAGGAUAACAGUAAACUUUGAGGCUUCCCCUAGACCAGACAUUAUGUGGAUGAAGGACAAUGUGCCUGUGGCAAAGCGUGUUACAGUGAGUAACUGUGAUGGGUCAUCCCAGCUGCUCAUCCCCUCAUCUGAACGUUCAGACUCAGGCAUCUACUCCAUUCUGGUGAAAAACCUCGUGGGACAAGAGACGUUCAGCACCGAGGUCAGAGUCACAGAUGACCCGAAGCCUCCAGGCCCAGUGGAGCUGGAGGAAAACGUCCCAGGAACAGUGACGGUUGUCUGGGAACCCUCUCCUGAUGAAAAGAGAGAUGACCGCCUCCACUACACUGUGUCUAAACUGGACAGCACCAAACACACAUGGAGUACAGUAGCCGACCGACUUUUUAAUAACAGGUUUACAGUUUGUAACAUCAUGCAGGGGAGAGAGUACCACUUCAGGGUUUAUGCCAAGAACGACAUGGGCAUUUCAGCCCCCUCAGAAUCACCUACCUGGGGACGAGAGAAGAAGAGAGAAAAGUUUGUUCUGAGCUUGCCGUCAAGAAAGAACUGUGAUUUGCAAUGUGCCCCUACCUUCAUUGUUCCAUUGAAACUCCACACUGCGCCCAAAGGUUAUGAAUGCUACAUGAGCUGUGCUGUGACAGGAAACCCCAAACCACGCAUCACAUGGUACCGAAAUAACAUCAGUCUAAACACAAACACUAACUAUUACAUCUCCAACACAUGUGGGGUCUGCUCCAUGUUGAUCCUUCAAGUUGGACCCAAAGAUAUGGGAGAGUUUGUCAUCACAGCAGAGAAUGCACUGGGAAGAGCCCAGAGCUCCACUGUGCUCUGCAUCAGAGAAUAA